AUGGAUGCUUUCAUGGAAGAGUUCAAACAUUUCAUGAUACAAGUUAAAGGGGAUUCAUCUUUGCGAGACAAUAUAGUUCCAUUAAAUGAUGAGCAUAUUCAGUUCGAGCAUGACGAUGGAAUGACAGUUAGGGAACACAAAGAUCAGAAUCAAGUUGGAGUUAUAUUUUAUGCAAAAUUGGCAUUAAGAAACUAUACAAAAUGGGAUAAGGAUGAAAAUGAUAAGGGGUGGGGAUGCUCAAAGUGUAAUCGAUCAAUUAAUAUGCGAGGGGGAGAAGGAUCCUCAAUUUUUUACCGGGUAAGGUUAAAUGACCAAGGACAACUUUCGGCACUUUUUUGGUGUGAUGAAAUGAUGAGAGAGAAUUAUAAAAUUUAUGGUGAUGUCGUUAUAUUUGACACAACGUACCGGACUAAUCGAUACAAUUUGAUAUGUAGUCCUAUCUUCAAGAUAAAUAAUCAUUGGAACAGUGUCAUGUUCAGUUGUGCUUUUAAAGCGAAUGAGAAGGUUGAAUCAUUCGAGUGGGUCUUGUCCAAUUUCAAAAAAGUAAUCAACGACAAAUCACCAAGAUCAAUAUUCACAGAUCAAGAUGCUGCAAUGUUGAAGGUAUUUUCAAGUUUAAAGCAUAGACUAUGUUUGUUGCACCUGCUUAAAAAUGUUGUGGCACGAUUCGGAACUUUAAAGUCAGAUGCCGACUUCAAACAUGCUUUCCACAAGUUCUUAAUGGGUUGCAAUAGUGAGAUUGAGUUCGAACAGUGCUGGAAAAACAUGCUUGGCAUCUUCUCUUCCCAACGUAAUGAAUCAACAAACAACGCAUUAGGAUUUAAUGCAACAAAAACAACAAGUCUAAUGCAGUUUUACAAAAUAUUUAAGGAAACGGUGGAAAGAUGGAGGAAACAGGAGAUAGAAGCUGAGUUUUACUGUUCUCGCACAAGACCAAGCUCUAAUUUACGACUAACUGGUUUGUUAAAGCAUGCAUCCAAAAUCUACACUGCAACCUUGUUUAGAGAUUUCGAAGAGGAGUUUAAAACAGAAAUAGCAUGUUCUAUAUUUGAGGUGAAUCAAAUUAACGGGAUACGAAACUAUAGCGAGGAAGAUGCACGAAAGAUUGUUAAGGAUCUCUAUGUAAAGGCGAGUGAAUCUAUCAAAAACUAUACAAUGCAAGAAAACCCAACGCAACAAUGUCAGUCACAGACAAAUGUUGAUAAGGAGCACUAUGUUUAUCUUGAACCCUGA